AUGGUGUUCGCAUUUUGGAAGGUCUGUCUGAUCCUAAGCUGCUUUGCAGAUCAAGGUAGUAUGGUACAGGUGACCAUCCCAGACAGCGUCGUGAAUGUGACUGUUGGAUCUGAUGUCACGCUUGUCUGUACCUACACCAGCACUGUGGUCUCCCGGGACAAGCUUUCCAUCCAGUGGUCAUUCUUUCAUAAGAAGGACUUACCACCAACUUCCCACAGCCCGUGCCUCAAUACUGAGGGUAUGGAGGAAAAGGCAGUCAGUCAGUGUCUAAAUAUGGCGCAUGCAAGAGACGCUCGGGGAAGAUGUAGCUGGACCUCUCAGAUUUACUAUUCUGAAGGUGGACAAGCUACAGCCAUCGGGCAAUUUAAAGGUCGGAUUGUAGGGUCCAACGACCCAGAUAACGCAUCUAUCACUAUUUCACAUAUGCAACCAACAGAUAGUGGUGUCUACGUCUGUGAUGUUAACAACCCCCCUGACUUUGUUGGAAAAAAUCAAGGCAUCCUCAAAGUCAAUGUGUUAGUCAAACCUUCUAAGCCCCUUUGCAGCAUCCAAGGACUACCAGAAACUGGCCAUCCUAUAUCUCUUUCUUGCCUCUCGGUCCUUGGGACACCUUCCCCUGUGUACUACUGGUAUAAAGUUGAAGGAGGAGACAUCGUCCCAGUGAAAGAAAACUUCAACCCAGCCACCGGGAUUUUGGUUAUUGGAAAUCUGACCAAUUUUGAACAAGGUUAUUACCUGUGCACUGCUAUCAACAACCUUGGCAAUAGUUCCUGCGAAAUUGAUCUAACUUCUUCACAUCCAGAAGUUGGAAUCAUUUUGGGGGCAUUGGUGGGCACCGUAGUAGGUGCCACCAUUAUCAUCUCUGUUGUGUGCUUCGCAAAGAGCAAGGCAAAGGCGAAGGCAAAGGGGAAAGGAAGGAAGAGAAAUUCGAAAACCACCACAGAACUUGAACCAAUGGCAAAGAUAAAACAAAGUACAGAGUGCGAGGUCAUACCAGCUGAAGACGUUACCCACCUAGAAGCGCCUCUGCCACCUUCCAUCCAUGAGAAUGAACCUGAUACCAUCCUGGGACCAGAUUGUGAGCCUAACCCCGAGCCUGAGCCUGUCCAGGAGCCUGCUCCACAGCCUGCCUCGGGUCCUGAGCCUGUUCUGGUGCCUGAGGUUGAGAUAGAGCAGGAGCAGGAGCCGGAGCCUGAGCCUGAGCCUGAGCCUGAGCCCGGGAUUGGCAUCCAGCCCUUGAGUGGCAAGGAAAAGGGAGUGAAUAAGCCAUAG